CGGGUUGCCGCGGCUGCAGGGGGACGGCGGUCGGGUGAGGCUGGGGCCGGACGGGGACCGUCCCCGCGGGGCCUGGGAGCCGCGGCUGCCGUGCGCCAGUCCCGGCCUUCCGCGCCUUCGGGCGUCGGCUCCGCCCGGGUGCCACUCUGAGCACCUGGGGCCGCCACCACCCACAGACCAUGUUCCUGGUGCGCCUGUCUUCUCGGCUGCUGAAGGCUGCUCCUCGGGCAGGUUGCGGUCUGCCCUGGCCUAUCUCAGGGGUGCUAGGCGGGCGUACCUGCAGGCCCUGCUACAGCACACAGCCAGCAGGCCCAAGUGGAGUUGCCUCCGUCCCUGGCAAGGGGCUCCAGCUGGAGCUUGAGGAGAUGCUGGUCCCCAGGAGGAUGUCCAUCAGUCCUCUGGAGAGCUGGCUGACCGCCCACUACCUCCUACCCAGACUAGAUGCCAGGACCCCAGGGACCGUGGCACCAUCCCAACUCUAUGAGUGUCCACCUAGCCAAGUGGAAGGGGCUGAGCAGGGGACGGAGGAGGUCUGGGAUGCACCCCGGGUGCAGUGCAAAAACGUACUGAAGAUUCGCCGGCGGAAGAUGAAUCAUCACAAGUACCGUAAACUGGUCAAGAGGACCCGGUUCCUGCGGCGGAAGGUCCGGGAAGGACGCCUGAAACGGAAGCAGAUCAAGUUCGAGAGAGACCUGAGGCGCAUCUGGCUGAAGGCAGGCCUGAAGGAAGCCCCUGCAGGCUGGCAGACCCCCAAGAUCUACUUGAAGGGCAAAUGAGUCUAGCGCUCCUUUCCCCCACCGCUGUUGCUGCUGAUGAUCCCCUGUAAUAAAUGUUUAGGAACUUA